AUGAGUCAAAACAAUCUCAACGUCUAUGUCGGAUUUUGGCGCAACUACACGAAGGAUAAUGGGAUGUUCGGUGGCACGCUUACGCUCAGGGAGCAGGAGGGCACAGCACUUCUUGCUCUGCUAGCACUCAUUGUAGGGACUGCCGGUCAGUCCUUUUGGAUCAUCACAAGUUACUUUAUACAUCAGUUCCGGUGCCGGAAAUCCGCACAGCACCCAGUUUUUUAUCAGCAACAAGCCGUGCUCAGAAACUCGGGAUCCGCGCUCACAGCAGCUUUGCGAUUCAUGCAAUUGUCGUUAAACUGGCGCCCAAGCAGCCGAACUGCAAAAAACGAAUCAGCUGCGUCCCACACUUUGUUCUAUAUCACUACAGCUUUGUCGAUUUCUGUCGGGUUUGGUGUGUUUGGUACUUUCGUCUCUCAAUUCAUUACAAAAGCAGCAAGCAGUCAGGUACUCCUUGUACCUCAACAGUGCGGAUAUUUCGAAUUGAGAAACUACAGCAACCCAGAUAACGCCAAGAUAUACUUGUCUGCUGACGCUGACUCUCAAAUGUAUGCUGGCCGCUGCUACGAGAUGAAUUCCACGUUAGCUUGCAAAUCAAACAUGAAACCCUUUCUUAAUUCUACAGCAACCGACGUAGCUUGCCCAUUCAAUAAAGCUGAAGCUUGCAUUGGAUCGUCUAAGCCGGCCUACAGAAUGGAUAGUGGUCCCAUAAAUUCCAACCACAAACUAGGCCUUAACGCGAAGAAGUCUGAACGAUUAGAAGUUCGAAAGGUUGCAACCUGUGUGCCCCUCAAUCUGACAAGAUAUCUCACUCACGAAUUGAAGACGAUCUCUGUGGGCCCCGGUGUGAAUAACGAUGUUCGCAUUGGGUUUUUUCAAUUAGGCCCAAGGUGUAAGAGGCAAAAUACUGACAGAGUUGGGAAUGGAUCUACGGUUGCGAAUGGUGCUGGUUCUAUUGCAAUACAAAACAACGGACCGAUCUCUGAUCAUGCUAGAGCGAACACAGAUCAAGUGACGUCUCAAAUGGAUAUACCGCCUGACACGACUUACCAGUAUGUCAAAGCGGCCCGUGGUGCUUCAUUAGGAUAUGACCUUCGUGUUGUACAUUCAGAACUGGGUGCUGAAGAACAGAGCUGGUUUCCAAUCGACGAUUUUAAGCUCCAGAAUGCUGAUGUUGCUGUGUUCUUUCUUGCCAGUAACGAUGUGAGGUACCUGCAUCCUACGUCUGACCCAUUCUAUCUGGCAAAUAAAUCUUCACAGGGCGAAACGAUUUCGCUUGGCGGGGGGCGAGCUAACAUACCAUAUUGGGAUUCAUUUAAACCCGUCACCGGCAUUGGCUGCACGGAUCAAUAUCAAAUUUGUAACAAAACGUUCAAAAAAGAGAAAUUAACCCCUCAGAAUGAGAAGGACUUCUGUACCCCUUUAGGACCGGUCUCUUCUAUAUUAGAUGAAGGGCGUAAACUGGGUCUAAAUCCGUAUCAAAACGCUACCUUGAGGAUUAUUGCUCACCACCUCCAUGAGUCGGGUAUAUACAACAGCGCAAGUAGCUUGGGUGCAGCAGCUUUACGAGCAGGUCGAACAUCAUACAUGAUCCAAGAUUCUUACGUUCAAACAGCAAAGAUUGAUGAAUUAUGGUGGCAUAAUGAGGUUCAGUGGUGGUUCAAUGCGUCUCUAGCAAGUCUACAGCUAAAUCUGGUCAAAACUGUGGCAGAGCAGCCACUGAAGUUAAGCGAAGACACUGAAGAAGGGAUGAUGAAGCUUACAGAUAAAUACGAAAAAGAAAUUUGCAAGCGGCAGCUGAUCAGCAACAUGGAUGGAUUUCAAAAUUUCAGCGUGGCUGGGGUUUCGAUGGUAAUCUUGUUCUCACUACAACUGAUUGUUCUUGGAUUACACAUCCACGUUAUAGGAGGGGCAAUCCAACGUAUUCUCAAGAAGAAUGGAUACGCCAGGGCUAGCUGGUCCUCUGACGGAUACUUGCAGUUGCAACGACAAGCUUACGAAGGUGCUGGUUAUGAAGGAUGGGAUAACUGUGGAGAAGACGACGAUAUACCGGUCACACGACAGACCAGGAUAGGUGGUCUUGAUAUGACUGAGCUUGAUCAUCCCCGCCUCGUACGAGCUCCGAAUAGCUUUGAAUCGGAAAAUGGGUCGAAGGAUGGGAGGUCUACACACGACGAGGAGCUGAGGAAGAAAUCAAAACCGCCUCGGAUAUCCUCAUUAUCUUUGUUAUCAAGCUACACAGGAUACUUCAACCGGCCUUUACCUCCACUACCCGCUUAA